AUGUCAACAAAAACAGGAAAUGUACCAUUAAAACAAGAUUUUAGUCAUUUAAAAACUGGUCGUAUUAAUUUAACUAUUUUACGUGAUUCUAUACUUCAACAAAUAAAACGUUGUAUGAAUCAAUUUCAAACUGAAAAAAGUAAUUUACCUAAACAAUUUACAAAAGAUAAAUGUGUUAUUAUUGAUGAUGAUAUUAAAAAUUUACUUGGUCAUAUUCAAGCAUUAAAUGAACUUGGUGCAAAUGAUAUACGAAUAUUUAAAGAACGUCAACAUGAUACAUCAGAUUAUAAAAUAACAUUAUUUAUUGUUCGACCAAAACCAAUUUAUAUGGAAAUAAUUGCAAAUAUGAUACGAGAUGAAAUGAAUAAAUUAACUCAAUUGAAAACUAAAGAAACAAUUUUAAAACAAUAUGGUAUUAUAUUUGUUCCACGUCAAUCACGUGUUUGUGAAGAAAAAUUAAAAGAAAAAGGUGUUCUUGGUGAUAUUAUUAUAGAUGAACUUAAUUUAGAUUUUUUACCUAUUGAUACAGAUUUAUUAUCAAUGGAAUCAUAUGAUUGUUUUAGAGAUUUAUAUUUAAAUAAAGAUACAACACCAAUAUUUAAUUUAGCACAUGGUCUUAUUACAUUACAACAAUUAUAUGGUAUUAUACCAAAUGUAUUUGUUAAAGGUGAUAAAGCUAAACAAUGUUAUGAUAGUAUGAUGAGAAUGCAACGUGAAGUACCAGAUAAUGAAAAAAAAGUACCAACACAAAUUGAAAAUCUUAUUUUAAUUGAUCGAUCGAUUGAUUUAAUUACACCAAUGAUGAUACCAGCAACAUAUGAAGCUUUAUUAGAUGAAACUUUUGGCAUUCAAUUUAAUCGUAUUGAAGUUCCAACAUCAUCAUUUAGUGCUGAUUUUCGUGAAGUUCAAAAACUUGAUAUAACUACACAAGAAAAAGUUGCUGUUCGUUUAUUAAGUACUGAUAAAUUAUAUUCUGAUACACGUUAUUUACAUAUGAUAUCAGUUGGUAAAAUACUUCAAGAAGGUGCUCGUGCUCAACGACAAUUACGUACUGAUUUUGAUAAUCAAUUUUCUGGUUCAGCAUCAAAUAUUCAAGGUAAAAAAUUAGCUGAAUUACGUGAAUUUGUAACACGAAUGUCAAAUCAAAAUGCUAAAACUCAAACAUUAUCAACACAUCUUGAAUUAGCAUUUUUUAUAAAACAAGAAUUAACAUCUAUGUAUGAUAUGUAUUUAUCAAAUCAAUUAUCAAUGUUAUUUUCACCAACAUUACAAGAUGGAUUACAUCAUACAGAUGAACGAAUUGCAUUGAAAGAUAAUAUUUUUUGUAUAUUACGUUAUUUAUCAAUAAUAACACAAUCAUUAGGUACACAAUUAAAACGUAAAGAUUAUGAUUUAAUAAAAAAAGAUCUUAUACAAUCAUAUGGUUUACAAUAUCUUGUUUUAAUACAUGCACUUGAACAAGUUGGAAUAUUAGUAGUACCUGAUAUAGGUAAAAGUACAUCAUCAAUAAAAACAAAUGAAACAAAUUUUGAACGUUUAAAACGUGAAUUUAAUUUAUUACAAGAUGAACAAACAAUAAAUGUUAUUGAUCCACAAGAUAUUUUUUAUAUUUACUAUCAAUAUGCACCAAUAAGUAUACGUUUAAUAGAAAAAAUUGUUUUUCCAACAGCAAUUAAUAUUCAAGAUACAAUGAAUAUUUUACCUGGUAUAACAUUUAUUGAUACACAACAAGUACCUAUGGAAUUAAAACGACAAAGACAUGGUUCAACAACAUCAAUUAGUUCAUUAAAUAAACCAAAUAAACAACAAAUUCAACAACAACAACAACAAGCUACAGAAUCAAGAGUAACUUUAGUUGUUUUUAUUGGUGGUGUAACAUAUGGAGAAAUUGCAGCAUUAAGAUUUUUAGCUGAUCAAAAUCAUGAUUUUAUUAUUGCAACGACACAUUUUAUUAAUGGAACUAAUUUAAUGAAAUCUUUACUUGAUGUACCAAUUUUACCUUUGUGA